AUGGCUACUUCACUUUCAACCACAGCGGGGCCUAUCUCUCAACCCACCGUCUCGGAUCCAAUCAACCCUGGAACUGACAACGCCCAUAAGAAGGCUCGAGAUCCAAACAUGUCUGAUCCUCGGCUGUUUGUUAACCGCCCCUGUGUCUAUGAGCGUCGGCUUCCAGGCGAUGCAUACAUAACUGCACACGUUCAGCGUCUCCAACAUGGCUUCUAUUCCAGUCCUUCAGUCUCGGAUGCAGAUGCUGAGCAUGUUGACUUCCUUGCGAUUGGCUUCGUUUUUCAUUCUCCUCACACUCUAUCCCACCGCUUCAAAUCUGCAACUAUCCGGGUAGCCAUCCGUGGAAGCGAGGAGAGGGCCACCUCUGCCACUUAUCCACUUGGCUAUCCACCAGGCAACCCCCGCUUUCUGAUGCACGCACCGCACCUCAUCUUCGGCACAGUAUCGCCUGAGACCAUGCAAUGGACCUUCAGCCUGGCAGGGUCCCUUGGUAUCUCUGACACUCCGGUUAGCGCAAGCUUGAUCCCAUCCGGAAACGUCAGCAAACAAUUCCGCCGCUAUGAGAUGAUGCGCAUCCAGGGCUCUGCCCGUACUUUGAAGAGCGCCCUCGGCCCUCAGUUCGAUGUCGAGGCCGGUGAAAUCGUCUGGUCGCUUGAAGAGAACAAUCUCCAACGUUCCGGCCUGCCUCGCGAGUUUACGUUUGUCAUGCUCAUCCAGAAGCCGACCGCGGAUUCCAAAAUCAAUCUGACUCUCGAUAUCGAGCCGGUUCUCAAGACAUGGUAUGGCAUUUACCCUAAAGCGCUGCUUUCGCUGUCCACCUACCAGCCUCAAGCGCGUCGGACUGUCAACUUUCGUCGAGAGGUUGGCCAGAAAUUCGAGCCUGCGGAUGCACAGCGGGGCUUCAACUUUGCAGCUCUGGAAAGUUCGUUCGACCACUACAUCGCGAUGCCCGGCAGAAAAUUCACGCGCUCGGUCCAAAUUCCCGCUGAUAACUCUGCGUCCCAGAACAACGAGUCCCAGAACAACGGGUCCCAGAACAACGGGCUCCCUGGAAACAACAUCGGGCAGAGCUACCCACAGUACGGGAAUGGUCAAUACGUCGGUCGUUACGGCAAUGGCCAGUACCCAAGCGUUCAAUACAACGGUCUGAAUCCUGUGGCACGUGCAAAAGGUGGAGUUCUGUUCCGCGAGAAUUUCACCCCGGGCUUUAUCCAAACCCAGCUUCGCCAGUGGCAGAUGCAAGCGCCCACUAUGAACAUCAGUGGGCCUUCGGGUCAAAACUCCUCGGGCGCCAACAGCAGUGGGUUUCCCGUCCUGGAAAGCUACAUGGAAGUCCGAGCUCCGUCCUCUCUCCCCUCUCGCGUAAGAGACCUUCACGCAGAAGUCCACCCUGAGAACAGGGCAAGCGUCGACAUCCGCAGCGACGCAACUGCCGCUGCGACCCAGGGAGAGUCCAUCGACCAGACUGCAGUUUGGAUAAAACACCAGCAGGCCAACGAUGAGAUCCGGGCUCGCGUUGUCAGAGGUAAGGUCUACGAGGAGGAAAAGAAUCGCCGGGUAUCUCGUCGGCUCCGUUCUGCGUCAGCGUCAGAGACCUCCGGGACCUCGGGGAGUAUCAUGACGCUGGCCAAUGUGCCGCUCACUGAGCACUUGGUUAUUGCACUGACGGAGAGCGCCGGUAGUUUGACGUGA